UUUGCUCCUCUUCUUCAAACAUUGACAGCACAUCUUUACCAACUCCCAGGACCAUGGAAAACUCUACUCACUACGAGGUCUUCAGGCUUGCUGCAUACGGUGAUAUCGGACAAUUGAAGUAUUGCUACUUUGCUGUUGUAACUUUAUUAUAUUUUGUCAUCAUUCUUGCCAAUGCUUUGCUUAUUGGAGUUAUCUGCAUUGAAAGAAGCCUUCAUGAACCCAUGUAUCUGUUUCUAUGUGCUUUGUUUGUUAAUCAGUUGUAUGGGAGCACUGGUUUGUUUCCUGCUCUCAUGUUUUACUUGCUGUCUGACACACAUGAUAUUUCCCUUCUUUAUUGUUAUCUCCAGAUUUAUGUGUUGUACACAUAUGCUAUAACAGAAUUUUGUAAUUUAGCAGUUAUGUCCUAUGACAGGUACAUCUCUAUUUGUUAUCCUCUACAGUAUAACAAUAUUAUGACACCUAAAAUAAUUUGUGGCUUAAUUCUACUGCCCUGGGUGUAUUCUUUUUUCAUCAAUGCCAUCAUUAUCUCCCUGAGUUUGCGACUGCAAUUUUGUGGUAACAUUCUAGACAGAGUGUAUUGUGACAACUACACAGUCGUCAAGCUUGCCUGUUCAAAUACUACGCUGAAUAACAUAUGGGGUCUUGUUGUCACUGCGCUUUCUUUUUCUUGUACUUUAUUUCCUACCAUAUACUCAUAUGUAAGAAUUCUACAGAUAUGUUUAAAGUCUUCUAAAGAGACGAAACAGAAAGCAUUUAACACCUGUAUGCCACAUAUAGCCUCUUUGCUGAACUUCUUAUUUGGCUGUUUAUUUGUGAUUCUACAAGGCAGAUAUGAUACUGCACAUCUUCCACCUAUAAUUCGCACUAUUUUAUUAGUUUAUUUUCUGAUAUGUCCACCACUUUUCAAUCCUUUAAUGUAUGGCCUUAGGAUGGUUAAUAUCAGGCAGGCUUGUAAAAAGGUACUAGGACUUUACCCUAAAACAUAAACAGAUUAUAUUGAAUUGUGUUUUGUUACUUAUAGUUGCUAUCAUUGACUGUGCAAAUAUGUAUAAUUUUGCCAUAAUUUCUCUGUAGACCAAUGAUUCUUGUAAAGCAUCAAGUUUAUAAUGUAUUGUAACUGAGAAUGUUUUGUGUCAUAUUAGCUAGUUAACUGCAUAACUACAGAGCAUCAAGGGGCGCUGCCCUCCCUACCUUCAGGUUGUGCUCAAACAGAUGCUAACAGGGAUCUUUGGGACGACCCUACACCCCAACCAGCUCUGCCACCUCUGUUCUCUUGGCCCAUCAAAUGUUUAUCACUUCAAGGCUCCCUUGUGCCAGAAACAAUCUAUGUUUUUUUGUGAUGACUAAGCAGUUGUUAAACUCUCCUGUUUUGAAAGUGAGCUGAGCAGCCUGUGUGGUACUGUAUAUCUACCAUAUCAAGUCUAGUGGUUUUACGUUUUGUGUUAGUUGUGCUCUCAUAUGUCAAAAUAGUAAAGCCUCAAAGGAGUAAUGAAAGAAGACUUUUAAUACGUUCUCCCCACUAGAACAUAUUCAUCAACUUCUCUGCAAACCAUCCUUUUUUCUGUUGUUUACAACAGGCACAGAGGUUAAUGUAUUAAUAUCAGUACAGUUUAUUAUUUUCCCACCACUGGUACACCCUAUCAUAUAUGGUAUUAGGACCAAGAAGAUCAGGACAUGUGUUACAAAAAUUAUAAGAAGAAUAUUUCCGAACUCUUGAUUUUCCUCAUCGAAAAUCUGAACCUAAACUGGUACCAAUUAUGACUUUAGAUAUUACAGCAGCAGGGCAGGGUUGAUGGUUUGAAUCCCAGGUCUGACAGGAUCAUCUGCUAGAACUGAAUAUUUAUACAUUUGUUUUUAUCAUCAACCCAAUCUCUUCUCCUUUGUGUUGCAUUCUAUUUCUGUGAAUUCUUCUGCAUUUCGUUAAAUGUAUUUUACUGUUGUAAAGUCAAAUGGGUGAUGCUGCUGUGUGUUCUUCUAGCAUGUCAAUGGACAUGUAUGUGUGUUUCAGUGGGGUUGGGGACAAAGUAAAAUGAUGUAAUAAAUUCUGUUUCAACAAAUGGGCAAUAAAGUAUUAUUCUAGAAGUGACAGUUCUAGCAGAUCCUUUUGAUAUUUAGAUGACAUUUGAAUUAGCAAGUUAAAUACCCAUAACUUCCUGUAAAAUAAAAGGGAUGAAUCCAUUUUCUUGAUCAAACAGUUGUUUAUUCAUUUAGUCAUGCUACACUGAA